GAUUUAUCUGUUGCUGGAGUGUAUUGUAUGGGCGGAGCUGUGUGGAUAAAAUUUGGGCAUAUUGUGUUUUUCAAUUGAAUGAAAGCUCCCCGCCAAAAUUCAUCAAAUAAAAUACACCGUGGGCGAAGUGUAAAGAAGGAAGGUGGUGCGAGCGCUAGGCCUAGGCAAAAUGAAUGCUGCAAUGGAUACUGUGUCAGGGAUAAGACAAGUGUUCAAUGAUGCUGUUGAAAGAGUGAAGAGCCCGACGCCCAUCCGGCUGCGAGACCUGAUCCGGCAGAUCCGUGCCGCCCGCACCGCCGCAGAGGAACGCCAGGUGGUCAACAAGGAGUGCGCCCUCAUCCGCAGCACGUUCAGGGACGAGGACAGCGUCUGGCGCUGCCGCAACGUCGCCAAGCUGCUCUACAUCCACAUGCUAGGGUACCCGGCCCACUUCGGCCAGCUCGAGUGCAUGAAGCUGGUGGCCUCGCCUCGCUUCACGGACAAACGAAUCGGCUACCUGGGCGCCAUGAUGCUGCUGGACGAACGGCAGGACGUCCAUCUGUUGCUCACCAACUCGCUGAAAAAUGACCUCAACAGCAGCACACAGUUUGUGGUGGGUCUGGCGCUGUGCGCGCUUGGCACCAUCGCCUCGCCGGAGAUGGCGCGUGACUUGGCCGGCGAGAUCGAGCGCCUCAUCAAGUCAUCAAACGCCUACAUCCGCAAGAAGGCAGCACUCUGCGCCUUCCGCAUCAUCACCAAGGUGCCGGACCUCAUGGAGAUCUUCUUGCCCGCCACGAGGCAGCUGCUCAACGAGAAGAAUCACGGAGUCCUGAUCGGUGGCGUCAUUCUGAUCACCAGGAUGUGCGAGAUCAGCCACGACACGCUGCACCACUUCAAGAAGCUGGUGCCGAACCUGGUGCGCAUCCUGAAGAACCUCAUCAUGGCCGGCUACUCGCCGGAGCACGACGUCUCCGGGGUCAGCGACCCUUUCCUGCAGGUGAAAAUCCUGCGCCUGCUGCGCCUGCUCGGCCGCAACGACGACGACGCGUCGGAGGCCAUGAAUGACAUGCUGGCGCAGGUGGCCACCAACACGGAGACGUCCAAGAACGUAGGCAACGCCAUCCUCUACGAGACGGUGCUGUCCAUCAUGGACAUCAAAUCGGAGAGCGGGCUGCGGGUGCUGGCCGUCAACAUUUUGGGCCGCUUUCUGCUAAACACAGACAAGAACAUCCGCUACGUGGCGCUGAACACGCUGCUGAAGACGGUGCAGGCCGACAUCAACGCCGUGCAGCGGCACCGCGGCACGAUCGUCGAGUGCCUCAAGGACCCGGACGUCACCAUCCAGAAGCGCUCCAUGGAGCUCUGCUUCGCCCUGCUCAACGGCAACAACAUCCGCUCCAUCAUGAAGGAGAUGAUCGCCUUCAUCGAGACGUCCGACUCGGAGUUCCAGGCGGUGUGCUCGUCCAAGUGCGUGAUCGCGGCCGAGAAGUACGCGCCCAACGUGCGGUGGCACAUCGAGACGCUGCUGCAGGUGCUGCGAGCGGCGGGAAACAACGUGCGCGACGACGUGGUGGCCUCGACCAUCCAGCUGCUGACGGAGGUGGUGCACCAGCACGGCUACGUGGUGGGCGAGAUGUGGGAGGCGUUCCGCUGGGCUACGGCGCAGCACCAGCCGCUGCUGCAGGUCACCGCCUGGGGCGUCGGCGAGUACGGCGACAUGCUGCUCACCGGACAGGCCACCGACGGACAGAGCAAGGUGCAGGAGGACGACAUUGUGUCGCAGUACGAGCAGAUCCUGAUCGGCAGCCAGAUGAGCAUCAUCACCAAGGAGUUCGCGCUGAUGUCGCUGAUGAAGCUGAGCUCGCGGCUCACCGACGCCUCGGCGCUCAAGAAGAUCCAGCACCUGGUGAACGGGUUUGGCUGCCACCUGAACGUGGAGCUGCAGCAGCGCGGUGUUGAGUUCUCUCAGCUGUUCACGCGUCACGACGCGUUGCGGCCGGCGCUGCUGGAGCGCAUGCCGCCCAUGGAAGCGCGCACGAGCGGCAGCGCACUCACCAACGGCACCGGGCCAGCGCCAGUCAGCACCGCCGCCGCCGCGCCCGCUGCCGCCACUGCCGUUGCGCAGACGCACUCUAGCGCCCUACUGGACCUGCUGGGCGGGAUGGAUUCGCCCUCUGACAACAUGGGCGCGCUGCCGGCGGCCGCCCCGGCCGCCCCGACCACCAACUCCAACAUGGACCUGCUGGAUCUGCUCGGCGACAUCGGCGGCGGCGGCGGCGGCGGUGGCGCCGCGGCCGCUCCGGCUGCUGUCCCGUCCCUGGCACCGCUGCAGCUGGGUGGUCUGGCGGGCUCCGGCGCGCCGCUGGCUGCCACCGACAGUCUGUUCGGCGGCGUGAUGGCCGCUCCCGCCCCCGUCUCCGCCCCCGCACCGCCAGGCGAGAUCCCCGGUGUGACGGUGUUCGAGCGGGGGCCGCUGCGGAUAGACAUGGCGCUGCGGCGGCCGGCCGAGUCGCCCGCCCUCUGCGUCAUCACCGUCACCGCCGCCAACACGUCGGCCGACACCGUCACCGACUUCCUCUUCCAGGCGGCCGUGCCCAAGACGUUACAGCUGCAGAUGCUGCCGGCCUCGGGCAGCGUCAUCGAGCCCUCGCAGGCCGUCACGCUCACCAUCAACGUCAACAACCCCUCCAAGGUGGCGCUACGGAUGCGCCUGCGCAUCAGCUACUCGCAGCACGGCCAGCCGGUGACCGAGCAGUGCGAGGCCAACUCCUUCCCGCCGGCCGCGUGGCAGUGACACCCGCCGGACGAUGUAGAUACUUCAGCCGCGUCGGCCGGCCGCCGCGGCGCCGGUGCUGACUCGUGAUGUGUGCCGCGUGGGGCGAGCGGGACGGCGCGGCGGCGUCGCUGCCCGCGCCGCGGCGGGCUGGCACGUUCGCGCCGCCGUCGAUCCAUCGCGCCGCGUUCGUGUGUCGUCUCCUCUAGCUCUAUUGUUACGGCCGGGAUCGUUGCGCGCGAGUGUGAGUGUUUCUAACGUCUGUGAUUACUGAAGCUUGUCGCGCGGCCCGGGCGGCACCGCGGCGGCCGGCGCGCCACCGGGCGCGGCGGCACCGACACAUUCCCGACUCUGACUGGCUGGUGAUGCGUGUCGCGCGCGUGCACGUUCGUGGGUAGUGUCCGUGCGUGGCGCGGUGUGCGUGGCCGACGUCAGAGUCUAUUUAUGUAGUGUCCGCUCGCGGUGGCGGCCCCGGCUGGGGUGGCGGAGGCGCCCGUCGAGGAGGAAGACCGGCUCCGAUCCAGCGUGAGGGAGCGCCUCUCAGUCCGCCGCCGGGAUGUGAACUACGGCGAGCCGAGCUUGCAGCGGCGGCUCGCGGCCGCGCCACUCCCGCGCCAAGGCGCAGCUGCACUGGUGAACGUCCUGCACGGGGAGGGCAGGGGAGGGGGGAGUCAGGGGCCUCGGGCUCCGUCGCGAAGAUGGCGGCGCGCUCGACUGGGCCGCAGCGUUCGGCCGCGGAGGAGCCACCCCACCGACAGGCCUCGCGCGCGUUUGGCGGGGCUCCGCUGUCCGGCGAGGGACGCGGCGCGCCUGGCGGCGCUCUCCAUCUGGCGGCCGGGCUGCCUCGUCCGCCGGCCGAUGUCGCGGGAGAGGUCCGCGGGUGCGGCUGCCGGCCGCACUGUUGAGCAGGGCAGCCUCUGUAACGUCCCGGGCUCACCUGUGUGUCGAAGCUCCGCGUCCAACCAAUUGUAGAUUAUUUAUCCUAAAUAUAUACACCGAUUGAGCGGCAGCGUUC